CCUAUAUUCAACGUAUGCGCCGAGUACCAAUUGUGUUUACAACCGGAAACGCACAUGCGCAAUAACACCAAUGGGUCGGGGAAUGUACGCAUUACCGAGUAAACCCAGCAAAAUUGCGGCUUACGCGAGAAUCGUGCCUUCAAAGACAUUGAACAACCUUGAAGUUGCAAGGGAAUCUGACAAACAACAACCAGCCUUGGUUAUGAGUUCUCCAAAGCCAGUGUUCAAUGGAAAUGGACAGAGAUCUCGCUAUAUCAACAAUGUGAGGUCAAACAGUACCCCAUCCCCGCCACAGUUUUCACCGCAGCAUGAAGAAUUUGUGAAAUAUCUCUCAGACAGCUGGAACAGAGUCAGUAGGGAACUAGAAAAUCGCACAGGCAGAGAUGGUGCAUACCAUUAUAAUGUUCUAAGGCAUCGUCAAGUGAUAUCGAUUCAUACGACACAAGACCACUUACUAAAAAGACGAAUGCAUCGUUAUUGUAGGAAAAUAUGUAUGAAUUAUCUUCGUCACAAUCGGCUCGGGGCGCUAAUUUGUAUUUGCUGCAUUUUAUGAAAUUCAUCUUAAAUGUAUCAUUUUUCUUGCAUAUUGUGUGUUAUUAUAACAUAUUUGUAAUUCAACACAUAUAAAAAUCGUAUAAUCUCGCUUGAAUAAUUCUAUGUAUUUUAGCCUCAUCAGGACCGACUUUAUACAGAGAAAAGAAUCCCAACCCUAAGUUGAAUG